AAGGAAAAAUCGCAGAGAGUAACAAAGUUAGCGAUAAAGCCGAGGAGGAGGCGAAGGAGAAAAAAAGGGGAGGAGAAGAUUCAGAUAAACGCCUGAAAUUCCGUGCUUUCAAGUAUCUCUCUCCUUUCUUUCAUUCAACAGGGGGGUAACAAGUAAUGUGAGAUGAAGAAAGCUCAAGCCAAACGACAGCGUAUUCCCAGGAGAGGACCUGGUGUUGCAGAGCUUGAGAAGAUUCUCAAGGAGCAAGAAGGCGCCGCCGCUGCUCAAGACAUUAUUUCACCACCGCAGCCCACUAAUACUCAUCCAUUGUCGUCGUUAAACCCUCCCCGGCCGCCGCCGCCUCCGCCUCCACCGCCACUUGUUCCAACAACUGACUAUAAUGCUUCUUGGUCAAAUAAUCUUCCGUUGUUCCCAACUCUUGAAUUCAUUCCUCCGCCUCUGCCAAACUCCGCCGCCGCCGUCACUGCCUCCGCCAAAAAACCCUUGUUUCCGACAACCCGAAUAUCCGAUUCCCAAUUGAAAUUUGCUCCACAUUUUUUCCCUAGUUUUCAAUACUCUGCUUCGUCUCUCAAUGUUGAAUGUUACAAUUCAAUGGUGAAUAUUAAUCCAGGAUCUGCCUCAUCGUGUCCGUCAGCGACGUCAUCGGCGGGGAGAUAUUUUCGUGAAAUAGAGCACCCUUCAAGCCAAAUAUCUAGUGAUUUCAACAACAUAUGGACCUCACCAGAGGAACAAGAAAAGAUGGUAAGUGCAAAGAGGGUGAGAGCCUUUUUGGAAGAAAGCCAUAGGGAAGCAAAUAUAGAGAGCAAAGGUCCAAUUUUCAAAAACAUGGCGACCAAAGACUCAUCUUCCUCCUCCUCCUCCUCUUCUUCUUCUUCUUCUUCUUCUUCAAUGGAAAUGAAUCAUUCUCCAUUUAAUUUCGAUUCAAACUUCAGAGGUACAAAAAGGGGUUUUGCUGGGCAGUUAAUGAGUUCCACCAAAAGAAGUGGAAGCUAUCAAUUGGCAGAAGACAGCAAUUUGAUGGCAUUAGGAUCUUCUUCUUCAUCAGCUCCAAAUGAAAUUGCAGCCUUCAAUUUCCAUCUCCCCCAAGAAACUAUGGAGGCUUCACAACAUAGAGAUGGAGGAUGUGUCUCAGAUUACUACAAAGUUACAUUUAACUCCUCCUCCUCCAUGUAUGAAUCAAACUCAAACUCAAAGGGCAACAAAGAAACUGUCAUCGGCUCGGGAGCCGGAGCCGGAGCCCAAGUUGAAGAUGAAGCCGAAGCCGAUGGCAUCGAUCUGAAUUUGAAGCUGUAAUUCUUUGUUUUGAACGAAAGCUUUGACAAAGAGAGAUUUCGAGGCUGUUUGUACCUAAAAAUAUAAGCAUAUAUACAAAAGGCUCUUAAUUUCCAAUAUUUAGUUGUAGACUAUUUGUAGUUUUAAGUUUAAGAGAGCUACAUAUGGAUAUAGGUGGUUCCAUGUGUUACUUUAGAGUUUCAAUAUUUUUUUUAGGUGUUUUUCCCCUAACGAAUUAUCUGUAAAAGUUUAUGUGGUGGAAGCAUUCAAUCGUAAUUGACAUGUACUUUGAGAUCGAAUAAUUAAAUUUAUAU